AACUAUUUGGCAGCCCUGUUGGUUUUAAUACGAUAGUAGCGGGCGUCGGGAUUUUUUCUAAAGUUUGUUAAUUUUCCUGCUGCUCACGGCUGUUUAGAGAAAAAUAUAGAAAUGAAGAAAAAUAAGCCAAUAUUGCAUGAUCCCCUAAUAAUCAAUCGUGUUAAACAGUAUUUAGAAGAAAAUGUAGACAAAAAGUUUUUGGAUGUUAGCGUGAUGACCCGUCAGCUGAUGGAGCGAUAUCCUGAGUAUACUCGCCGCAAACAAGCGCCUUUUAGAGCUCUGGUUGAGCAAGCUUAUCGCAUUGUAUCGCAUAGUUAUGGUUUGGAAAGUCAGCCUUCCAGCGGUGAUGAUUCGGACGGUUCUGAUCUAGAAGUAAUGGAUGAUUCUGUGUCUAGCAAUUUGAUGAACAAUUUAAUGAAUAACCUUUAUCAAAAACCAAAGUCUAAUAUAUCGAAGCCAACAACAACAAAGCAGACUGCAAGUGAAGCUAUUGAUAUCAGUAGCGAUGAUGAUAGCGGUGAUGAUAAUUGCACAAACGGCAAAUCAUUAGAUGGCAUAAACAAUGCAUCUAGUACAACCAAGUCUUUUUCCGGUGUUAUUCUAACAAAAGCCAAUGUACCAGCAGAAUCAUCUUCUAAGGGUUCGUCUAAUUCUACCAACACGGAAUCAACACUUGGUGCUCAGAAACGUCACGAGUUUCCGGAGUCCACAGAUCAACAACAACUGCCGAGUAAAAAGCAAAGGAACGAUAGAACUUCUCAGUUGUAUGAAAGGGGCCAAACUGAACAGCAGCCGCAAAAUAUACGUCAACAAAUCCAACAACAACAAAUGCAACGAGCUAAUCGCUUAUCUAAUUAUCAACUGGGCAGCGAUGCUGCCGUUUCAGGGUCAUCAAAUCAAAUGAAUCAGCUGCGCCAACGGAAAUUUAAGAAGGAAGUUGUAUUGCGUAAAUCACGCGAAACAUUCCAGGAUAUUGGAGGCAUGGAGAAAACAUUGAAAGAGCUUUGUGAACUUCUAAUGCACAUUAAAUCGCCGGAUAUUUACUUUGUUUUGGGUUUGAUGCCACCCCGAGGGUUACUUCUGCAUGGUCCACCGGGUUGUGGUAAAACUUUACUAGCUCAUGCCAUUGCUGGGCAAUUAAAUCUACCGCUGAUUGAGGUCGCCGCCACUGAGUUAAUUGCUGGUGUAUCAGGCGAAUCUGAGGAACGUAUACGUGAUGUAUUUGAGCAGGCGACUAUUUAUUCUCCAAGUGUUUUGUUUAUUGAUGAAAUUGAUGCGAUUUCAUCGAAUCGAUCAAUGGCACAAAAAGAUAUGGAACGUCGUAUUGUGUCACAGUUGAUUAGUAGUUUGGAUACAUUAAAAACGACCGAAGAGGGUCAAAAUGUUUUAGUAAUCGGCGCCACUACACGUCCAGACGUGCUGGACCCCGCCUUGCGGCGUGUUGGACGAUUCGAUCAUGAGGUUGCUAUCGGCAUUCCAACACGUAAAGACCGCAAGGAUAUAUUGACUAUUAUCUGUUACGGUCUAUCCGUGGAUUCAAAGUGUGACUUUGAUAAAAUAGCAGAACUGACACCGGGCUAUGUGGGCGCCGAUCUAUUAGCGCUAGUUUCACGUGCUGCUACCAUUGCUGUAAAGAGGAAGUGCUCAGAAUAUAUACGAGCUUUUCAAUUGGAAUCGCAACGAAACAUUACCAUAGUCGAUUUGGAUGAUGAAGCGGAUGAAAGCACAGACACAAACAACAAACAAAAUGAACAAAACAAAGACGAAGCUUCAAUUAAUGCUAAUACCAAGGUAGAUGAUGAACAGAAGCAAACAACAGAAGGAGAAACUGUUGAAUCAAAUAGCGAAAUAAAAGAUAAUGACGCAGAUGGUGAAAUGUCAGAGAAAAAUACCAAUGGCACCACCACCAAUGACAAUGUGUCCACUACAGAAAAGAAAGCUACUGAAGCAAUGGAAGUAGAUGAGGGUGAUGAAGCAGCCAAAAUUGAAGAAGAAACCAAUACAACAAAUGUACAAAUACCAGAUAGUAGCGAGAAAACUACAGAAGUAGUUUCCUCAGCUGAUGAAGCUAAAGCUAAUGAAAAUACAAAUGUAACACCAACAACAACAACAACAGAAUCCUCAUCGGACCCAACGGACGCUCUUAAUGUAUCGGAACCAUCACUUUUAGAACUUCUAAAUUGGCUUGACAAUCCUCCGACAGAUUUAACAUGUGCCGCAGACUUUUGCAUCACCAUUGAAGACUUUAUGGAGGCGGUCAAAGUUGUACAACCGUCGUCUAAACGUGAAGGCUUCAUAACUGUACCGGACGUAACAUGGGCUGAUAUCGGUUCAUUACAAAACAUACGAGAAGAGUUGCAAUUGGCUGUUUUAGCGCCUGUUAAAUUCCCAGAAAAGCUUAUAACUUUAGGUUUAACCGCCCCGUCUGGUGUAUUGUUAUGUGGACCGCCAGGAUGUGGUAAAACCUUACUUGCCAAAGCUAUAGCCAAUGAGGCUGGCAUUAAUUUUAUAUCGGUUAAGGGACCAGAAUUAAUGAAUAUGUACGUGGGCGAGAGUGAGCGUGCCGUACGUGCAUGCUUUCAACGUGCACGCAAUUCAGCACCUUGCGUCAUCUUCUUUGACGAAUUUGAUUCGUUAUGCCCGAAACGUUCGGAUACGAAUGAAGGUGGCUCAGGCACACGUGUUGUUAACCAGUUGCUUACCGAAAUGGAUGGUGUUGAAGAUCGUAAAGGCGUUUACAUUCUAGCAGCCAGUAAUCGGCCGGACAUAAUUGAUCCGGCUAUAUUGCGUCCUGGACGUUUGGAUACCAUUUUAUAUGUAGGCUUACCGCAGACAGAUGAACGCGUAGAAAUAUUGCAAGCGACAACUAAGAACCGCACACGCCCUGAACUGGCAGAUGAUGUUGAUUUCACUGCUAUUUCUGCAAGCACCGAUGGCUACACGGGCGCCGAUCUGGCCGGUCUGGUGCGGCAAGCUUCAAUGUUGGCCUUGAAAGAGUCGAUAAACAGUCCCGAUGCAACGGAUCUGCGUGUGCGCAAGGCACAUUUUGAUACCGCACUGAAGCUCAUACGGCCCUCAGUUAGUGCGCAGGAUCGCAAAACAUACGAAAAAUUGCGUUUGAAAUAUGCCGCACCAAGAGAGGAGCCCUCAAUUCGAGCGGAGAAUGCAGAAUAAUUACAAUAGAUAUAAUAAUAAUUACAUAAAAUAGUUCGUUGAAGUUAACGAUUUAGCGGUGAUUGUCUGUUUGGGCACUAUAUUUCAGCGAUGAAUAUAUAUGCGUACAGAUGUUUUUUUUUAAUGCAACAUGCAUACCAAAUUUUAUUGGCAAAAAACUGAAUUGACCCCCAAUGUACAACCACAUUUCCAAUCUAUUUUUGUUCUUUCAAUUAAUUUCAAAAUUAAUAUACAAACUAUUUUUUCUCAUUAAAAAAUCAUUACAUCUAUACUAUGAAUUUACUAAUUAUGUUGUAUAUUGCAAAGCGAAAAAGCAUAAAGCAUUGAUUUAUUUAAAUAAAGCGAAAUUGUGUAUGUUUUGUACAAUAAUACAUUUUCAAGAGGCAAAAGAUAAUUGCACAAGAAAAAAACAAAUAAAAUACUCUUAUUAAAGAGGUUAAA